GGCUGGGUGCUGCUUUUGGAACUCGGGACCAAUAUAAAGUAUCUUUCUGCUCCUCACCUGCUCUUUACACUCUCGUACCUCUUCCUGCAAAGGAAAAUUUCUCAUUUCCCGAAUGGAAGAAUUAGGGAACCCCCUUUUCCCGGCCGGGGGGGCAGAAGGAAGCGCUGAGUUCCCAGUUCUGCCUCUUUCUCCAGCUUCCCCCGCCGCUGUCCCCGCGAGUGCCGCGGAUCUCCCUGGAGAGGGCACCCGAGCAUCGCCGAGCUCCGGCGGCUGCGGGGAAAGCCCUGAGGAAGGAGGCAGAGCAGGAUUUGGAGAGCACGGCGAGUAACCGCUCGUGAUUCCACCGAAUGAGGCAACUGGAAUCCCAGCAGGAGGGAAAGUUGAGUUCCCAGCUGGAGAAUCGGGUUACUGGUGCUGGGAUGGGGCUGUGGGGUGGCUCUGUGGGAGGCAGAGCGGGGUAAGGUGCAUCCUUAGGGAUCCUAAGGUGCAUCCAAGGGCUAAGGAUCACGUCUUUCCUUUGCUUCCAAGGCUCCCCCCUACAGCUUGUAUGAUCUAUAUCCAAGCAUAAUGUGGCCAAUUCCUUUGGGAUUUGGAGCGAACUCGCGUCUCCCCACUGACACGGUGAUACUGUCCCUGGUGUCACCCGGCUUUUCAGCAGCACCAGUACAACCCAGCCCCGGACAGCUGCUGCCCGGCCGAGGGGGGAAGUGGCUACUGGAGGAGGAAUGGAUGAGAACAGCCAUUUCCCUUCCACUUGCAGAGAGAAAAUCACCCUGCUCCCCUGGCAUUAGCUGACCGUGUACAGAGGAAUUCAGGGGCACAGGUGAGGUUUGUGCUGCUCAUGGAGCUGUAGGCACAGACAGCAGAUUUCUGAGCUUGCCCUUAGACCUGCGCACAGCCAGGUACAUCCAGAUCUUCCCACAUCUGCCUCCUAGCUUUUUUCCUCCCCAUCUUUUUCCAUGUCCCCAGAGAAAUCUGGAGGAGAAUCUGAACGUCUCUUGCCUCAAACAGUGCAGGUACAUGGAGACAUGAGAGGGACUGGGAGGAUUAUUUCAGCGAGCUGGAGGGUUUGGGUGGUUGUAGAUGUGGCACGAGCAGGCAGCAGAACACAACACCCAGAGGACAAGUGAGGAAGGAAACAAAACCCGACACACAUUCUCCAAAAGAAUGUGACAGAGAGCAAGGAAGCAGAGGAAGGAUUCACACUGUGGAUUUCCAACCCAGGGGAAUAAACCAGAAUGGUUCAACAAACCCAGAUGAAACCAGAAGUGCCAUGAGAGGAGAGGGAAGCAGGCGCCAUCCGCAGCUGCACGAACUGCCCUGAGAGCCAGAGGGAUGGGAAGCCCCGGAGCAUCAGCGGGGAGCUUUGGUGAGGAGUAAAUCCUUCAGAGUGCACUUUGUGUUCCCAGAUGAGCUGCACCGAGUCCCUGGCAGUGCAAUAUCCCUCAUCCUUCUCCAUCCAAGCCAUCUCCCGGGGCAGCUUCAGUGGGACAGGCUGUUCUGCAGGGCCUGUCUCUGCCCACGGCACAGUGUCACCAUGAGCAGUCCCUUCCAGCGCUGCUGGCGCUGAGCAGUGAAUCCUGGAGGAGGGAGCAUCCGAAGAAGUGCAGAAGGAAGCAGAAGGCUCUCUGUGAGCUCCUAGCUCCAGGUAACCACCAUGGAUACUUGUAGGAUACCUGAAAACGCCUCCAAGUGCAGCGGGAACACCAUGGAGUGCUUCAUGGUGCUCAGCACGCAGGCACAGAAGAUAAGCAUUGGCAUCCUCUGUGGCCUCUUUGGGACAAUGUGUGUUUUUGAGAACUCCUUGGUGCUCUACCUGAUUUUCUCUUCCCCUAGGCUCAGGAAAAAGCCUUCCUACCUCUUCAUCGGCAGCCUGGCCCUGGCUGACAUCCUGGCCAGCAUCAUCUUUGUCUGCAGUUUCGUUAACUUCCACGUGUUUAACAAAGCUGGUUUCUCCAAGGAAGUGUUCCUGCUGCAGCUGGGAGGGGUGAACACGUCCUUCUCCGCCUCCCUCAGCAGCCUGCUGCUCACAGCCCUGGACCGCUACAUCUCCAUCAGCCGGCCCUCGGAAUACAAGCUCCUGAUGACCAGGAAAAGAGCCUGGACAGCGCUGGCAGUGCUCUGGGUGACCUGUGCCACCAUCGCUUACCUGCCCCUGCUGGGCUGGAACUGCUGCGUGCUGGAUUCCGCCUGCUCCGAGCUGUUCCCCUUUGUGGAUGACAAUUACCUGUCGGGCUGGAUCUGCUUCACCGUGGUCCUGCUGGGCUGCAUCAUCUACGCCUACGCCCAUGUGCUCUGGAGGGCUCGCCAGCACGUGGCCUACAUGGAGAAGCACCAGGCGCAGGUGGGGAAGCAAAACACCCGGAUGAGGAUGGACGUGAUGCUGGCCAAGACCCUCGUCAUGGUGCUGGCAGUCCUCACGCUCUGCUGGUCCCCCGUCCUCGUGCUUAUGAUCUACAGCAUCUUCGCCAGGCUGAGCGACCACCUGCGCAAGGUGUUCGCCUUCUGCAGCACCCUCUGCCUGCUCAACUCCAUGGUGAACCCCAUUAUUUACGCCCUGCGGAGCAAGGAGCUGUUCUCCUCCCUGAGGAGGGUGUUCUCCCACUUCAGAAGGCAGCUGAAGGCCUCUGAGGAGAGCCCAGAAGCAGAGAGCACCCACAAGUCCUCCGUGAUAGAGACCGUCUGCGAGGACACGCACGCAGUGUAAGGAGGCACCUGUGGAAAAUCUGUGCCCUCAGGCUGGAAGGAACAGCCUGGAUCACUUUUUUCUUUUCUCUUCUGAUGGGAGCUUAGGGAUCAGCUGUGCUGUGGAGACAGCUCCUGCUGAUGUCACCCUUCGAUGCUGGGACAUAAAGUGCACAGACUUUGCUCUCAGGCACAGCCUGGGAUUGUUGGGGUGUCCUCUGCAGGGACAGGAGUUGGACUGGAUGAUCCUUGUGGGUC